AUGGAACAAAUCCAUUCAAGAUUUCUGAGGGUCGACUGGUAUCCUGCUCAGUACACCACUUUAUCCCAUAUCAAGCAUACGAACAUUGUUAUCAAGAGGAAGUUGAGUCCUGCACAAUUGGAUAUGUUUAGAAGAACAAUAUUCGGUGGCUUUAUUUAUUUGAAUAUUAUAUUCAGUAGUGGUCUCAUUCAUGAGGCCUUAUUGAGAGAGAUUGUGGACGACAGAGAAGAGUGUAUGACAUUCAAUAUUAUAGGGAGCACAGUGACGUUUAAGAAAGUAGAAUUCUUAUUGGUGUUGGGAUUGUGGUCGCCCACACUUAUCAUUGAGCGGACAAAAUUUGUUGGUUAUCGUUUGCGAGACACGUAUUUCAAGCGUGAAGGACUAACAUUGUUUGACUUGGAGAAAGAGUACCCGGAAUGUGAGUUUGCUAACGAUGAAGAUGUUGUCAAAGUUUCAUUAGUAUACUACAUGGAGCUUACAAUGAUGGGAAAGGACAAGCAUACGUCCAUUGAUUCGUAUCUAUUUCAAGGUACUAAUGAUCUUGACUGUUUCAACAAUAUGGAUUAG